AUGCAAUAAGAGCAACCAAGAGAAAUGGCUUAAGUGGUUUCAAUUGCCGAGAACGCACAAUUCUUCAGAUUGAUUUAAAACUCCAGAACAAAGGUUUUCCAGGGAACUGUGAAGCUCGCCCAAUUCCAGGAUUCAAAAACUCAUUUCAUUACUAUUGAGAGAUUCUGUCAGAAUAUUGUUCCUGGCACCCCUUUUGUGUACAUAUAAUCUGAAUCUGGCUUGACACUCAUUUUCCCUCAUAUAGACUAAGGUUUAAAUGGAAUCUUUAUUCCACAAAGUGAUUUAUUGAAUGCAUUCCACACAGCCUUAAACACAGUUGUCUCAAUGGUCCCAUUUGAUUAGGCCAUGUAAAUACAACAGUUUAAAGACACAAUUGAACUACAUUGUAAAGACAUUGCUACUAACCCUUUGGAUAAUCCCAAUGAUGCUGCUGCUUAUAUAGCAAAGGGUGGAGACUAUCUUAAGAAAGGAUUCAUGUUUUUGGGAACAAUGAUGGCCACAGGAAUAAACAAAGGAACUCAAUAUUUGAAUGAUAAAAUUCAGCCAGGUUAAGAAGUUUAAGUUGAUCCAAAUACCAAGACUAAAUUAUAGGCUACUAAAGAAAAAGUCAGUGAAGUCUUCGAUGUAACAGGGCAAUACCUUGGAUAAUUAUUUAAGCCAGUGGCAUAGAAAACCAAGGAGCUCACAAAUGAACUAGGCCAAAAAAUAGAUAAUUCAGACAGCAACAUUUUGAAAUAGAGUAAAUAAUUGACAUCAGCUACUUGGGAUGCAGCAGGAACAGCUCUCUCAGGAUUAGGCACAGCCUUAUGUUAAGUUGGAAGUUCUAUUGGAAAUGGAACAAAAUAAAUAGUUUAAAAGAAAUACGGAACUGAAGUUGUUAAUACUUAUUUAGGAGGUGAUUAGUAAUAACAGUAAGUACAAUAAGAACAACAGCAACAAUAAUAAUAGUUGGAUCAAUAUCAACCAUUGAUUGAAGAGUAACCAGCCCCUUCUUCAUGA